AUUUUAGCCACACUGGACAUGAACCUCCAACCAUGUAAGAGAGACGUCAAGAGCGUUAUAGAACUGUCUGAGAGGUGUUGUUACCAUAGUGACCCUCGAUCGCUUGAAUGUAGAAGACAGGAUGUUUCUAUAUUGCUGCCUAAGAAUGCAGAGCCGGAAGUGAUGACGCCUGUAGCAGACAAAGAAACAAUGCCAUGCAGCGAAUUUUUCAUAAGCAGGACUGAGAAUGCUGUCCUCAGUGUGCUACUUCUGUUUGGAUGCUACUCUGCUAUUCUGAUUCCAGCAUAUUUCCCUAUGCACAAAUUGGCUAUUACUGAUGAUCAAUAUCCCAAACAGGAUGUGCUGAACCGUUCGGCUUGCCUGCUGUCAGGCCGGUGUCAUCGUCGAUGGUGCGUGGAGCGCCUGAAGCAGUUGCCAUGUUCUUCGACCCUGAUGGACAUCCCGGUGUUCCUGCAGCAAGAGGGCAGCGCUGCCUCUUGGGACAUGCCCCCUCCUCUAGGGCUCAGAGGGAGCCAAGAGGUUCUGGCUCGCACUCUCGCAUCUCUACCUCAGCCUGGUCUGCCUCAGUCUUUGCGGCGAGACGGAAGCUGCAGAAGAUGCAUUGUGGUGGGCAGUGGAGGGGUACUCCACGGGAGCCGCCUUGGUUCACAUAUAGAUCAGUAUGACGUCAUCAUCAGGCUGAACAACGCUCCAGUACUUGGCUAUGAGAGAGAUGCUGGUUCUCGUACAACCAUCCGCUUGAUGUAUCCAGAGGGCGCACCCAGCUCCGCCGACGAGUACAACGGGACCUCCAUCGUCGCUCUUGUGGUCUUCAAAAGUCUCGACCUGGACUGGCUCACCUCUGUCAUCACCAAACAACCUCUAGGCUUCUGGUCCAAAUUGUGGUUCUGGAAAGAGGUGAUGGAUGAUAUUCCCCUGAAAGGAGAAAACUUCCGGAUCCUCCAUCCAGAGAUUAUUCGCAAGACUGAAGAAGUCCUGCAGAACUACUCCCAAAAGCGAGGAAAUUCGAUGGUACCCACGUUGGGGGCUGGCGCAGUGGUGAUGGCUCUGCAGCUGUGUGACCACGUGAGUCUGGCAGGCUUCGGUUACAAUAUGCAGCACCCUCAUGCUCCACUUCACUACUACGAGACCAUACACAUGGCUGCCAUGAAGGCUCAAGUGGUUCAUGACGUCAGCUCGGAGAAGCUCUUUCUGAGGAAACUGGUGGCAGCUGGCGCCGUCAGCGACCUCACGGGAGCGCUGUGAAGAGGACGCGCAGACGCUGACACUAACAUGAACUCAACACGUGCCCGCCUCCUCCCUCUUCUUCCCGCCGUGAGCCUAUGACAACGAUGAUGAUGAUGAGGAUGAAGAGGACGCCAAUGCUGAUGAUGGUGUCCUACUUUACUGUGGCCAUGCAGCUGCUCUAAAGCGGCGGGGACUGACCUUUAAAGCACAACAUCAUGGGGGUCUGAGAGAGAACUUGGCGGAUUCAACUCUGAAAGGUUACAAGACAGCAAAGACCGUACCGGGUUGUCUUGCCUCUUGACAGGGAGUGAUAUCAUUCCAUACAUGUAUUGAAGAAUAGCAGCAGCAUCCUGUGCUACAUAGGUGGCCAUAUGGCCUUUUCGUAAUUGAUCUG